CCCUCAGAGAGAGUGUAGUGGCGAUUGACAAAAAACGUCGUAAGAACGACGGCUGAACAUAACGUCUGGAAAUUACGAAAUUUCUUAACCAAAUUAAUUCGCAAGUAGGUCAUGUGUGGUGGUAGAUUGACAACUUAACGAUUAAGCGAUUUUUUUGCUCCAAAAUGAGCUUUUUUCUAUUGAAAAUGAGCGAUGGAAGUUCGACUAAUUGCCCCAGCAACUGCAACGACCAUGGCUUGUGCGUUAGGGGAUCUUGCAUCUGUGAGGUCAAAUAUAGCGGUGGAGCAUGUGACGAUGCAAACAUAGGAUACUUCAUUGGUUUUAGUGUGGUUUUCUUCUUUGUUUCUGCAGUGUCUGCAACUCAACUGUUCCUUUGUGUUAGAUCAGAGUUUAAAAAGCUGAAGAGACCAAGCAUAGCCAAAGCCUGCCGGCUGACAGUGCAAAAGACAUUGUACAUUUGUAUGAUUAUAGCUUGUGGAUCAAGGGGAGUGUAUUAUUCAGUUCAGAGGUACCUUCCUGCCUGGUUAGGAAUCAAUCUAUUUAAUGCGUACUAUCCACCUAUUAUUUCUGGAUUCUCUCUAAUUAUUUGUUUUUGGGCAGAGACAUUUCAUGUGGUUGGUCUGCGGCUUGACAAGCCACGUUUCCUCAGCAAAUCUUCACUAGCUUUUAUUGCAUUCAAUGUAUUUUUGUUCCUGGUCUUUUUGGCACAGUUCAUAACAAUAGAAAUCACAGAUGAACAAGGAAAGGUCUAUUUAUCCAAUAUUUUUACUGGCAUUUUUGUUGUCCUGAUGUUCUUGAUGCUUAUGUUAUUUCUCAUAUAUGGUGUUGAAUUGUAUUACAAGGUGCGGGGUGCUUUUAUAACUACAGAGCCAUCAAAUGUUGACAUCACCCAAGCUGCGAUGUCAAGAUUUGGUCUAUUUUCACAAGCAUCCCUACAGCUGCUCACAUCUCUUUUCCUCCUUGGUGAUAUUAUGGGGGCAAAAUGGAAACACAAACUGCCUAUGGAGGGAAGGAAUGCUUUAGAGGUUGUCUUUAGAGUAUUUGAGCUGGGCGUAGCACUCUGGUUUUCUUGCUGUCUUUGGAAUUGGAAAAGUCCCAGUCAGCUCUGGAUAUUAAACCCUAAGCGACUGCUUGUACAUGAGACGGAUGAGGAAACCUCUCAUUUAUUGGGUCAAUCCCAUCAUUGUCAUUCAUACGAAGCCAUUGAAACAGAUGCAGAUAUUGACGCACCUCACCGUGACUGCUGGAUUUGUUAUGACAGUGAUCGCACCGAUGCUGGCCCAAUGAUAUUACCAUGUAACUGCAAAGGAGAUGUCGCUGCCGUACACCACGACUGCCUGAAGAGAUGGCUUCUUGAGUCUUGCCCUGAGAGCCGUUUGGAUGGGCCCAAAUGCAAAGUGUGCAGAGAAGAGUACAAAUUGGAAACAGGAAGAAAGUGGUUACCGAGUGGUCUUACUGUCAGGCAUUGGAUUCAGACAACGCUGAUUCUGUCCAUGAUGAUUGGAACUCCAAUUAGUGUUUACUUUCUUUGUUUAACAAAAAUGUCUGAGACUUGUAAGGUUGUGGUCAUAGGAAUGGGCGUGGUACUCGAGUACGUCUGUCUCAGGCUUUUGGGUUUCAACAUGUUGCUUGUUUAUCGCCGAGCCCGUCUCGCCACUAUGAGUAUCAUUGGUGACCCUGUGACGGGUUCUCAGCUGCCUGGGGAGAUCCACACAACUCCAGAGGCUGUAGACAUUACUACAGCUUAAUUUCAAAUAAUUUUGAAACAGAGCGCUUAUUGAUUAACUGUUUUAAAGUCAAACAAACGUGAUCGCAACCUGCAAUCAGAAAGUAGAGGUAAAUGUUGCAAGAAGCGAGUAGGAAGUCGAAAAAAGCACAUUUUGAUGAACUGACGCGCAGGAAAACGCCUAUCCACAUAGCGAUUGGUUUGAGUUUUGCCUUAGACGUGUGAGGAGAGUGGAGAGAAAUCUCGAAACCAAACACGGUUCGUAGUAAAGCAGAUAUACGAAUUUAAACCUGGAGUUUUCACGACACGGGUGAAAUGCCCCUCACGAAAAGCUUUGAUGAGUGUUAGUGUGACCUCAAAAUAGAUGAGUCUCCUAGAUGAUCAUAAACUCUCAAAAGAAGCAAUUCGAUUAUUUUAUUGAAAAUAAAAUCAACUUAUCAUCUUGGAGGAGGAAAAAGUGUACAAGUUGUGUUGUAAAACUUUGACCACAGAUAACGCAAAUUUGGAGUAUGAAGAUUGUAUGAGAACCCAUUUCAAGGUAAAGGUGAGAUUUCCCUGAGUCCAAAUAUUUGCCGGAUCUCUGCCAGAUUCGCUAAAUCAGGAAAAUAACGCUAUUGUCAGAAAUCGUUCUCGCAUAGGAUACGUCUCUAAGAUUUGUGGAAUACGAAGAGUCUCGAAUUCUCACACACAGAGGAUAAUUUAACGACUUGGUUGUUGCUGUCGGUAUUUGUUGACCAAACUAUGGCUUUUUUCAUUCUGGAAGUAAAAUUGACUUCAUCUUGUAAAUAUGCUGUGAAGUCGUAGACGCGGAAGAGUCAAUUUGUAAAGUAACGUUCAAAGUAACAUUCUGCAACUUUUAUGCGCACACUGGAGAUUGACCUUAUCUCUACAAUUAAUCAUCGAUUGACGUCACUCCCUUUUAGUAUCUAUUAAGUGUGUACUUCAUAGUAGGAGUCGUCCUAAGGUUUAAAACCCAUUUGUAUCGGUACUGAAUCGAGAAAUUAUUCUUCGAAGCUGAAGUAUUGAGUAUUGAAUUGACCGACAUUUUGGUUAAAAAUUACCUUAUUAGAUGGGUGAAAAGUUGACUGCGUUGCAGCGGCCUUCUUGUGGAUUCUCUUGCGUUUUAAAGUGUUUGAUAUGCAAGCAAACCGUCGAAAUAUGAUGUUAUCAAAAUUGAACUAAUCAAUUUUAAAUCGUUUUCAGUAGUUUGUAAAUCAUUGAAGUUCCAAUAAAAUAAAUUUCACUCUGCCAA